AUGGUUCAACAUUGUGUUAAUGCAGCUAGUACCGAUUUUGGCUCUUAUAAUUCUCAAAAACCACGUGAUGCUGCUGAUGUUGUUGGCCGUAAAUCUCCAUUAACAAGUACAAAUUCUCUUCAUCAUCAUAUACGUACAUUAGGUUCAAUGCAAUCUGGUUCAGUUGAUUUCGUUUCUAAUGUUUUACCUACAACAACACAUUCAUCUGAUGCUACAUUAUUAUAUAAAACAAAUACAAAUGCUUCAUCAUCAUCAUCAUCCGGUUAUGAAUCUGUUUUAUCUCAAUCAUCGAAAUCUCAUCGAUCAUUUAUUUCUCGUUUAAAACGUUUAAUUAGUUUUUCUUCAACAAAAAAAUCUACUAAUUCUCAUGAACAAAAUUUUAAUCAUUCAAAUUCACCAAUAAUCUCAUUUAAAAAUUCUCAAUCAUCAUCAACAAUGAACAAUAAUAUGAUAAAUUCAAAUGAAAAUCGAAGAAAUUCUUUAACACGUUUAGAUAUUCGAAGAAAAUCAGCUAGACGAACAUUAGCACCUGCAACACAACAUGUUCCAUUUUUAUAUGGUCUAAAAAAUUGUGGAAAUACAUGUUUUAUAAAUGCUAUUGUUCAAUGUUUAUGUCAUACGGAACAAUUAGCUUUAUAUAUCCUUCGAAAAGGUUAUGAAAUUGAUAUGCGUAAUAUAAAAAAUGCUAUUCAUGAUUAUCAACAUUCAUCAUCUCCUCAACCGCUUGGCUUUAAAGUAACAAAAUCAUUUGUACAAAUAUUUCAAGCUUUAUGGAAUAAUUCUUCGAAUACAACAUCAAAAUUAUCCUAUGAUUUUAAAUCUAUUAUUGGUAAUCUUAAUCGACAAUAUUCUGGUAAUGAACAAAAUGAUGCUCAAGAAUUUUUAUUAUUUCUUAUAAAUACAAUUCAUGAUGAAUUAAAUUUAGUUUCUAAUGGAAGAAUACGACAACAAACUAAAGUAAAUUCAUUUUCUUCAACAACGAUUUCUUCAUCAUUAGCAUCAGCACAUCGUGCAUGGUUAGAUUAUACAGAUGCAAAUCAAAGUAUCAUAACAUCAACAUUUAGUGCACAAUUACAUUCAACAUUACGUUGUAAUCAAUGUAAACAAGAGAGUAAAACAUUUGAACCCUAUUUAUUAUUAUCAUUACCAAUACCACAAAAAAUUAUUAAAUCGGUUUUUAUAACUGUUGUCUUUCUUAAUCAAUCACCAAAGCAAUUACAAAUUGGUUUAUGUUUACCAGUUACAAAUACCGUUAGAGAUGUUCGAGAAGCUAUUGCUCAACAAUCUAAUCUUGAUCCAAAUGAUCUUGCUCUUGUUGAAAUACAACCACACAAUGGUUUUUCUCAAGUCUUUCAUGAUACGGAACCAAUGUCUCGAUUAACACAUGAUGUUUAUGCUAUUCAAUUUCCUUCGUCAACAACAGAAAAUAAUGAACAUGUCAUACCAACUACAGAAUCAUUGAAUCAAUCGUUAUCGCCAAAUAAUUCUUUUGUUAAUAUAUUAGUACUCAAUCGUGUACAAUUAAAUUCUGGUCAUGAAGAACGAUUUGGUGCACCGAUUGCUAUUCGUGUUCCACGUGAAUCAAAUUAUCGUGCAUUACAAUUAUCUAUAAUAAAAGCUCAACGAUCAAUAAUAUGUGACGAAGCAAUGGAAUAUGCACAAGAAUUUGUAGUUUUUCAAUUAUCACUUGUUGAUCAAUAUCAAUCAACAAGUAAUGGAAUAGUAAAACAAGAAUAUCCAAUUCCUCAUGAUGUACAAUGGCCACUUUAUCUUGAAAAAAUUGUUGAAAUUCUUGAUGCAUAUGAUGGUCCAGGUCUUGGACCAUCACAUAUUCAAGUUUAUGCUAAUUGGCAUGAGAAAUAUUUAGGACAAUUUAUAUCCAAAUGGGGUUGUAAUGAUGAUAAACCUGAUAUUCAUCAGUCAGUUACUCAAGCUCGUGCACUAUUACAUCAACCUUCAUCAUCAUUAAUAUCUUUAGCUGAUUGCUUUUCAUUAUUUACCCAAUCAGAAAGUUUAAAUCAUGAUGAUGCAUGGAUGUGUACAAAUUGUCGUCGAAAAGAGAAUGGAACAGUUAAAAAUUUAAAAAUUUCAACAUUACCAACAGUGUUAAUUAUACAUUUAAAGCGUUUUUGUCAAACAAAAAUGUCAAAUUCAAAACUAGUUUAUCCUGUACAAUUUCCACUUGUUGGUCUUGAUGUUAGACGAUUUCUAUCAACGAAAAGAAAUAAUGAUGGUGAUAGUGGAGCUGAAGAUGAUCAACAAGAUGUUCCUGAUCAAAAUCAACAAGAACAAUAUGGACUUUAUGAUAUUUUUGCUGUUUGUAAUCAUCGUGGAAGUAUGUCAAAUGGACAUUAUACAGCUUAUUGUAAAAACCCUGUAACAGGAAAAUGGUUCUGUUAUGAUGAUCAUCUUGUAUCUGAAUUAGAUCCAUCUCGUGUAUGUACUCCGGAUGCUUAUAUAUUAUUUUAUCGUCGUCGUGAUACCCUACCAUCUCCCACACUGGAAUCAAUACCUAGAUCACCUUCUUCUCUGCCAUCAUCACAAGAAAAACAACAGUCCGUAGAUUUAAUAGUAAAUGAUUUUGAUGAACGAUUAAAUCUUGAUUAUUCAUCGGAUCAUCCAUCAUUUCCAAGAGAAGAUAGUUUGAAUUGUUCAUCAUCGAAAGAUAAACAACAUCAUUAUAAUCUUCAAACACCAUUACCAUUACCACGAAAAUUUUUAACACCAUUACCACCAUCAUUAUCACAAGACGAAUUUUCUUUAGUAGAACCAAUACCUUAUCCAAUGCCUCGAAUGCGUAAACCACAAUAUGAACUCGAAAUAGCUCCAUCACCAUCAAUCCCCGACAGACGACAACCAAUAAUACCAACUGUUAAUUAUGUUUAUCCAAUAUCAUCGACACCCUCACAUCAUAUUAUAGAACCAUUGAGUGAUUUUUAUUCACCAAUACAACGACAUAAUUAUACAGAAAGAACAAAUCCAUGGAAUCGUUAUAAUAAUCAACGAUAUUCUGAUGAUGAACAAGAACGUAAUGUUGUUUAUCCUCAAACAAGAUUACGAUAA